AUGCCUUUCUUCGAUAUACAGAAGAGGCUGGGUAUUAACUUAGACCGUGGGUUGACAAUCCAGAGUGCCGAACAGCCUUACAAGAUUCCAACUCGAUGCCAUGCUUUUGAAAAGGAAUGGAUAGAAUGCGCACAUGGGAUUGGUGGCACAAGAGCAAAGAAGGAGUGCAAGUUCGAAUAUGAUGAUUUUCUUGAAUGUAUGCUUCGUCAGAAAACGACCCGCCGACUGAACGCCAUCAGGAGGCAGCGGGAUAAGUUAAUGAAAGAAGGGAAGUACACGCCUCCACCUCACCACUGUGGCCAAGAAGAUCCUCGGCCGUGAGCAGAGCCACUGUGGACAGCUGCAGGUGGACCCUUUUCUUCUCCCACUAGAGAGAGCUCAGUCACUGAGAAGCCUCUUUGUAGAAGUGUCUGAAAAUAAAAAAAUUACUCCAUUCUA